UCUACCGUGCAUUAAGAUGUUGCUUGAACGCAUAAACAGGACAUGAUUUAAAUUUCUCUGAAGUGUUUUCUAUUUUUCUCCCCUUUUUCGUGGGAUAGUGGAUAAAUGGCAGGCAAAAAGCGAGAAAUCCAGUUACAGACUGUCAUCAAUAGUCAAAGCCUCUGGGAUGAGAUGUUGCAGAACAAAGGCCUAACAGUGAUCGAUGUUUACCAAGCCUGGUGUGGACCCUGCAAAGCAAUGCAAACGUUAUUCAGGAAACUGAAAAAUGAGCUGAACGAAGAUGAAAUUCUGCAUUUUGUUGUAGCUGAAGCUGACAGCGUUGCGGCUUUGCAGCCAUUUAGAGAUAACUGUGAACCUAUUUUUCUUUUUAGUGUUAAUGGCAAAAUUGUUUCAAAGAUUGAGGGUGCAAACGCACCACUUGUUAAUAAAACAAUCAUUAACUUGGUGAAUGAUGAGAAGAAAAUUGCAGCAGGUGAAAUCGUUCGCCCUCAGUAUCAUGAAAUUGGACUUGUAGGCUCAAAUGCAGAAGUUGGCAGGUCAGCAUCCAAAGAUACUUUUGACCGAAUAUACAGUAUUGCUAUUAUCAAACCCGAGGCUAGGAAUACUGGAAAAACUAUGGAAAUUAAAGAAAAUAUUGUCAACGCAGGAUUUGUCAUAGAAGCAGAAGAUAAUAGAGUGCUCACUGAAAACCAAGUGAGGGAAUUCUAUAGUCAAAUGGCAGAGCAGCCUGACUUUGAAGAGUUUGUCUCAUUAAUGACACAUAGCCUAAGCUGUGUUCUAGUUGUAUCUCGAAGCAGUGAACAACUACCUCUCUUGGAAGAGGAAAUUGUAUCUAAAUCUGAGACCGAACCUCAAGAACCAUCUGAGGGUCAACCUGAGAUGGACCCAUCUUCCCUGGUGAAGAAAAAGUGGGACAGUUUAGAAGAAUAUCUGGUUAAAGAAAAUAUGCAUCAGUUUUGUGAUGUUGAAGAGGAUGUAGAUAAUGUUAAUAAGUUUAUUGAUAUCUUCUUCCCUGAUUUUAAAAACAAGAAAUUAGAAAAGACACUGGCAUUUCUUCGACCAGAUCUCUUUCAAGAAAAGAAAGAGGAGGUUUUGAAUAUUAUUAAAAAUGAAGGCUUUCAUAUACUGAUGCAAAGGCCAGUGGUAUUAUCAGAAGAAGAGGCACGAACACUGUGCAAGGAAUAUGAAAAUGAAAAUUAUUUUGACAAGGUGAUAGAAAACAUGACCAGUGGUCCAUCUCUAGCUCUUGUUUUAGUGAGAGAAAAUUGUUUACGACACUGGAAAGAGUUAAUUGGACCAAGUACUGUCGGAGAAGCUAAACAAUAUUUUACAGACAGUUUGUGUGCACAAUUUGCAAUGGAAAACCUGCCUAUCAACCAGUUGUAUGGAAGUGACUCACCGGAAGCUGCUGAAAGGGAAAUCCAGUAUUUCUUUCCUCCUCAAAACACUUUAGCAGUGAUUAAACCUCAGGCAACACACGCACAAAGAGAGAUGAUCUUCAGCCGUAUUAAAGAGGCUGGAUUUGAAAUAAUACAGAUGAAGGAAAUUCUGCUAACCAAAGAGCAUGCUGACAAAAUUUAUUAUAAAAUAGCACAGAAAGACUUUUAUAACAGUGUGUUGGAGGUAUUAUCUGAGGGUCCAUCUUUGGUCAUGAUUCUGAGCAAGUGGAAUGCUAUUGCAGACUGGAGACGAUUGAUGGGUCCCACAGACCCAAGUGAAGCAAAGUUCUUGUCCCCAAACUCUCUCCGAGCCCAAUUUGGAACAAAUCUUUUGAGAAAUGCUGUCCAUGGAUCAUCUAAUGCCACUGAGGCAAUGCAAUCAAUUAAUAAUAUAUUUGAAGAGGCUGUUCCUGAGAAUCCCGAGAAUCCCGAGGAAAACUAAUACUCUUCACAUGUGCAGUGUUGUCUUCAGCUGGAUGAGCCAAAUUGAGAAUCCGUCCACAUAAUGAGAAAACAUUGUGAAAUGGAGCAGUCCCUCUAUACCCAUUCGAGUUCCCGAGGGAAAGAAGAGUACAUCGUUCCCUUAAUAGUGUCAUUUAGUCUAGGCUUUCUCUAGAUGUAAGAACAUUGUAUCAAAACAUUAAAUGCAAAAAUAAAAGUAGAUU